UGCUGAUACUUCCUUCUCCUGGGGUUUUUGCGGAAAUGCCCCGACCAGAAUUUUUUCCCAUACCUGAAUAGGUCCCACAAAAAGGCGACAAUACUUUUUUAUGAGCUCACCGGUAAAAUCCCCGCAUAUCUACCUGCUUUGAAGGGCUGUAAAAAAGUCACGGUUGAUUAACCACACUGUUUGCUUCGCAGUGAUGCCUAAGUCACGAACAGAUAUUUUGCGGUCACUGAGCGAAAUGGAGUGGAGGGUUGGUUGGCCAAUAGCUCGGUGCGCCAUAAGCAGACGAUGCGUGGCAAAGCUGCCCCCCCCGCCUCUUUUGUGUCUUUUUCUGUGUCGUGGGAGUCUUGCAAAUUCCUUUCAGAUUUUCAGGGGAUCCAGUAUAGGUACAAUACCUUUACCACAGCAAUACGCGGGGCACCUGUAACGCAAAGCUCGCUCGAUACAUUUGGUAUUUACGAAAGCCGCCCACUAAAAUCAAGCAUGAAAUUUUUACUUGCACACGAAGCUUUGCUAUCACACCAACAACCCUAACUUACCUGCUGAUGAAAACUGAUAUGUUUGGCACAUUUUGUUAUUCAAGACAUCUAAACAAUCAGAAGCAUGUAUGCUUGCUUGCGUUGUGGGGUUUUAUUGCUUGUUUUCGUCUUGACCGGUGCGUCGUGCCAGAACCAGGAUGCCAAUGACGUCAUCGUUGCGUCAGGCCUGGGCGAAAACAUCCCGUCUGCGGAAGAAGUAAUCGCCGAGAUUGGAAACGUGACUGAUGGUAACGAUAGCUUCUGCCGAGGCUUCUCGUCCGACGAAAAUCCAUUCCGUGAAAAUCUAACAUGGCUCACGACACAUGCCGGAGGAACAGCUUCUGCGGUUCUGAAAGACAGUAUAUGCGGCGCUAUAGUUUUCAGAGACUGUUUAGAGGAUGGUGAGUGGGGCGAUAUUGACAAGAUAGAGCCACAGGAAUGCCUUGCCGAUACAGUUAUCAAGAUAUUAGCCUUCAUCGGCUUUGGCGUGUCACUAGUUGCUUGCGGGACAGCAUUUGCCAUCUUCAUGAUGACAAGAUCUUCACUUCGCGGACUCAGGCACUACCAGUAUCACAUCCACUGGAAUCUUAUCGCUUCCUUCAUACUCUACCCAGUCGUGUUGCUUGUUAGCCUUGGCGUUUUCAGCCAGACGGCCUGCAUUCAAGAACAUUUGUGGCUGUGCAAUCUCCUUUCCGCCUUACUGGCUUACUUCGUCCUGGCUAAUUUUUUCUGGAUGCUGGUGGAAGGUCUAGUCCUCUUCGUCCUUGUGGCCACCGCCUUCCCCGGAUCACAGCGCGGCAAGGCGUUCGUGAAGUGGUGCUUCAUCGGAUGGGGUAUUCCUGCCGUUCUUGUGACUGCUUGGAUUGUUGUUGAGAGAGUAACGACAGAAAAAGACAGCUAUUUUGUUUUGAAAUUGGAUUCAGACGAAGGUCCAAACUUAUACUGUUUGAUAGUGCCGAUCUUUGCUGCUUUAGUGGUUAACGGAAUCGUCUUAGUGGUUGUCAUGAGAAUACUCUGGCUGAAAUUGCGAGAUGAUGCCCGGAAUACCCUUCGGUAUUCGAACGAGAAAUCAUCGUGGCGGGCGGCCAAGUCCACCUUUGUGAUCCUGGUCUUACUGGGUGUCUACUUCGCGCUGCCCAUCUUGGUUUUUCGAUUGAAUCCUCCGUUCCUCGUUCAAUGGGUGAUCAGCAAGAUUAGCCACAUCGUCAAUUCGCUCCAAGGUCUGGCCGUGUGCACGCUCUAUGUCUUCUGUAAUGCCGAGGUACGUGAACAGGUCAGACGCGCCGUCCGAAACCUCAGACGACGAUACCGGAGCACCAACGUGACCUACUCCACGCGCCUGUCGUCACCUAGCUCCAGCCGGAGCGCCACCCCGCGGCACAGCAAGUCGCACUCGUCCAGCGAGGGCAGCGCCACCAAACGGCCAAGCACCACCUGGACCGGGGAGGCGGUGGAAAUCGAGAUGGCGGCGGUGGCCGAUCCCGAGGAGAAUCCACAGCCCCGGCGGCAAACGUGCGUGGUAAUGGAGCCGCUGGUCGAGGAUCCCAGCGAGUCUAUCCGGGGCGAUCCCGCACCUGCCGAUGUGUAGAAGGCGAAAUUCGUACCGAAGAUUCUGAAUACUCAGGCCAAACCAAAAAAAAUAGUUGUGUUACCUGUUAAAUUGAAAAAAUAGGGGUUGGUACUUAUAGAUAUGUUUUAGUUUAUUUUUUCUAGUUUAUGUUUCAUUUCUGAUAUAUAAUAAUAGGAUGGUGGUCAGUCAUUAUUUGUUGUUGGAAAAUGGCUGAAUUUAGGGAGUACGUGACUGUGAGCAGCAAAUGCACAAGAACAAGUCACUCUGUCAAACUGAUUAGCUCGUUACAAAAGGUAGGCCUAUAGGAAGUACAGGAUAUUAUAUUUUAAAUGCUCUGCAGGAUUGGCACCUGAAUUUUUGUGUUUAAUUUUUAACAAAUUUUUCGGUGACAUUGUCAACAUGAUUUUUCAGGUAGCGUUGGGUAACCGAAAACACUACCAUUUUUCGGUUUGACCCAACCGCUACAGUGGCUCAGCCGUUCUUCAGUGGCUCAGGAGCUUUCGUAGGACAUAUGAGUGGCUGGGCCGAAGGCCAUGUAGAGGUUUCAUCAGUCUUAGUGGCAAAUCCAGGGCAUUUCUCGGGGGAGAAUUAAGAAAUUGUUCCCAUCAACGAUUUUCUAAUGUUAUAUUGAAAGAAUCCUCCUCUCCCCCAAAAAAAAUUAUGUAAAUAUAUAAAGUUGGCAAAUCUGUCCCUGAAGGGUUGGCACUUUUAAUUCUCAAAAAAGAAUUAAAAGACGUAAAAACAAACUUUGCAACGUGACCCCGGGGGCAACUCCCCAAACUGCUUGGAUACACCACUGUUCUCAAUUGUUUAGGAAAGAUAAAAACUACUGCAAACUGCUCCCCAAGAAACAGUGAACUAAAAUACAUCAACGUGAAAGGUUAAAAAGUCCAACAUUCCACAUCUUUCAGUCUUUCCCGGCUCUUUCUUUCCAGUCGUAAUGGAAAAUCACUCGAACCUUUACUUUUGCCUCGUGCCAAUGUAUAUUUAAGCAGCCUUGAAGAUCGUUGCUGUAACAUGAUUCCACGCCCGUCAAGGGCAAAAUGGAGUCGACGUGCAGCAUAUAUUAUUCUGUCCAACACCACACACUGCACCCAGUUCAUCUUGCGACUGUUUUUAUUGAAGGAUGUAAAGGUGUUUUUAUUGAAGGAUGUAAAGGUCUUCUGAAUGGAUUUUAAAUAACCAGCCACUUACAUGUAUGAGAUAUUUCUGCUAUUUUUUUUACGGGAAUGUCAAAGGUAGGUAACAUAUAUUAAUCUAACGGUUAUUUUAUUAUACACAUGUAAAUGCAUAUAUUUUUAUAAAUAAAACUUUUACAAACAGGGAUUUUUCAUUAUCUAGGUUGUUCUUGUUAUGUUAACUUUUAAUAGCAAAUAAACGUUUUACCGUCUA